UCCCCUCCGCCUUCCUUGUCAAAGCUAGAAAAUGUUGCCGGGAGACCGCUCAAACAAGCGCAAAGCCGCCUUGGGCGAUCUCCAGUGCGGGCAGGGAUGAACAUCAAACAAGUGCGCUAUGACGACAGCGCUGUCGGGUCCACGUCCAUCCAUGCAACCAGCCCCAGCGCGGGCGCGAGCGCGCUUCAGGCGGCCAGGGUUCUCCGCAAACGUCGCCCUAGCUGAGCUCCAACUUCCCAGUCACCAACAACACGUGGUUGUCACAGACGGUCCUCCUGCAACGAGGACCACUCACCACAUCGGCCACCGCCAGACAUUGAUCCUGUCCAUCCAACGGGCCCCUCUACCAAGGCGGGAGUAUCCUGCCACUCGUUCGUUCCGUCUCGCGAUGCCGGCAGCCACCCCGGUCGCCACCCGCGUCGGGGCCGCAGCAGCUGCCGCCGCCGCCGCAGCUCGACGCCCGUCCCUCAUGAAGACUCCACCAUCGGCAGUGGCUGCGGCGCUUGUUGGGCACGUCACCCGCCAGCCGCCGGCACCGUAUCGUCACCAGCGUCACGCGGCAGCACCACCCAUAAGCACGGGUUUCACUUGCCGGCAAGCUGCCAGCUUCUCCUCGUCUGCCGCCCGCUCGGCGAAGAACCAUGUCCUUGACCCAAUCCGCAACCCAGACUCCUUCUUCACGCAUCUCUCACUCUCCUCCUCGGCGCGAACCCCCCUCCUCACGCUCUGGACCGCCUCGUGGUGCCCGACCUGCCGCACCGUCCUCCCGCUGCUCACCUCCCUCGUCGAGUCCGGCGUCGGCCAGGCCGAGGGCGGCGUCUUGCUGGCCCCCGUCGAGUUCGACAGCCCGGACAUCAUGGCCGUCUCCGGCGCCGACAACCUCGCCAUGACUUACAUGAUCACCUCGGUCCCCACCCUGCUCAGCUUCGACGCCGGCGAGGUCCAGGCGGCCACGCGCGUCACCGACGGCCGCAAGCUCGCUGACCGCCAGUUCCUGGAGGAAUGGAUCCGCAACGAGGCCCGCCGACACGGGGGGCGAGGAGGCGGCGGCGGCGGCGUGGGUGCAGCGUUUGGCGGGUUGUUUGGUAGGCGGUAGUAGAAAAAUAGAACCCCCCCC